AUGAAUUCACAGUAUAUGCCCAAACGACGAGUUGUUGCGCGCAAUGUGGUUAACCGCUUGUUUAUGGGUUUAACUCUGUUACCGAAACUGGCGACAGGGUUGCCUCUUAACAUUAAGGAAACAGAGACACAUGAUGACCUACCAGAGUCCCAGUUUUAUAUCUACUUGAUCGUUUCUGCCUUUCUAGUAUUAUUGGGUGGUGUUUUUGCAGGAUUAACAUUAGGUUUAAUGGGCCAAGACGAAAUCUACCUGAAAGUUGUAGCCAACUCGGGAUCUCCAAAGGAGCAGGCUAAUGCGAAAGAAGUGUUAAAAUUAGUUGGAAGGGGUAAGCAUUGGGUUCUUGUCACUUUAUUGCUUUGUAAUGUUAUCACGAAUGAAACGCUUCCUGUGGUGCUGGAUAGAUGUCUCGGGGGUGGACUUGUUGCUGUGUUUUCUGCAACUGUUUCAAUCGUUAUUUUUGGGGAGGUCAUUCCUCAGUCAGUAUGUGUUCGUUAUGGUUUGGAAAUCGGAGCUUAUUUCUCUCCAUUUGUGCUUGCCUUAAUGUACUUAAUGUAUCCCGUGGCUUAUCCAAUUGCAGUGUUACUUGAUCAUAUUCUUGGAGAAGACCAUGGUGUGGUCUACAAGAAAUCCGGAUUAAAAACUUUAGUCACUCUGCAUCGAACGAUGGGAGUUGAGAGACUUAACCAGGAUGAAGUAACCAUUAUUAGCGCAGUUUUAGAUUUGAAAGAAAAGCCAGUGCAUACAAUUAUGACGCCAAUGAAUAAGGUGUAUACUAUGAGUGCUGAUACAAUUUUGGAUGAGGCCAAAGUUGAAGAAUUGUUCAACAGAGGCUUUUCUCGGAUCCCUAUUUAUCUACCAGGAGAGCCCACCAAUUUUGUUGGUAUGCUGCUGGUACGAGUAUUGAUUAGUUACGACCCUGAAGAUGCGCUACCAGUAUCGUCGUUCCCACUGGCCACUUUACCAGAGACUUCUGCUGAUACGUCCUGUUUAAACAUCCUGAAUUAUUUUCAAGAGGGAAAAUCGCAUAUGGUGGUCGUCAGUGACAGUCCUGGAACUGCUUCUGGUGCCACGGGUGUUUUGACUUUGGAAGACGUUAUCGAGGAGCUUAUUGGUGAAGAAAUUGUGGAUGAAAGUGACGUCUUUGUCGAUUUGAAUCGUAGUAUCAGAAGAUCUGUACCAGGGCCACUUUCAAAGAGAAAUCUGAGUUCUUAUUUGCAUAAUCUUUAUGCCAAUAGAAAGAAUUCGUCAGUCAGAAGUUCGAUUGACUCUAGUCAAUCGUACCUAACGAAACUUUUAGUUCGCAAAGAUGAUAUAAGCAUACCUCAUUUGAAGCCCUCUAACUUAGCGUCCAACCCUUUGAAGACGGCGAAAGGGUUUAUUCACAUCAAGCAACCCAAAGGUCCUGAGGAAGGAAUGGACACAUUUCCAUAUGGCUCCAUACAAAAUACCGAAGCUGAUGCUCUGGUGUCAGGCUUACACGAGAAUUUACAGCGAUUACAUUCAAACUCACCUAAGAGCACUCGCCGGUCUUCUGAGGCUGGUAAUGGCAAAGGAAAUGGUCACAGUUUCUCAUCGAUUACGAAUAAACACUAUGCCGAUGACGGCGAAGAUUAUCGAACAGAGGUAGCCUCCACAGAUCUCAGUGAUAUGAAAACGUCUUUCUAUAAUUCAGUUUCCAGAACACCAGUUCCCAAAGAAAACAUCACACAGGAGGACUACAAUCAGAUCACUAAUAACAACUCAUCGGCCUACACAGGAGACGGGGAUGUCCAUUCAGUUAGGACCGGAGGAAUAAUAGAAAGUAUUGUGAACUGUAAAGGUGUUUCUAAGACUAUUAUUGAAAGUGCUGCUAGCGAUGAGGAAGAAGUCUACGAAAUCAAUUCCCAUUCACAUUCCAGCUUGGAGGAAGAUUCUAAUCUCCUUCGUCAAAGCCGUAGAAGUUCUACCCUUUUCAAAUGGAAGUAG